CCACACAAGUGAGGUGGGGUGCGGUCUGGACCGGGAUUUUCACCGGCUCUGUUACAAGUACAAUACCUCACCGUACCGUACGGCACGUUUUCUCCAAAUGACCGGGCUCAUUCCGUUAAAAGGGAGUGUGUUGGCCGACUGAGGGGAAGAAGGAUACGUUUUAAUUACGGUUUUUGGCAAAUUGGAUAUAGCCAGAGAUAUCACUUGUGAUAUCCAUUCAGUUGUUUCUCUUUUCUUUUCUUUUCUUUUACCCCUGGAAGGAGAUCGGCUGAUUUCCCGAUUGGGCGUAAACAAUGAUGAAAUUGCCCCCGUCGGCCGUCAAGUGACAAGGGUUACGGUAUUGGGUGGUACAGUGUGCGCGGCAUCGACAGAGAGAGGGAGAGGGCGAUAAAGGAUCUCUCUGGUCUCCAGAAUUUGCAGGAAUUGAGUACUGGGAGGAAUAACAUCCGAUGACUAUUUCCUUUCCAUCGCAAUUGGCUUGGUUGGCCGCCUCAUCCCCCCAUCCAAUUCCACAUCUAUCCAUUGUAUCCAACCUUCUCUGCCUUCGCACGCCCCUUCUCCUUCUCCUUCUUCCUCCCAGUCCUCCCUCCCGUCGAUUGGGAUAUGAUUGUACUGUAGUCCUCCUCCCUUAUUAUAGUCUAUUCGAACCCGUCUCUUCCCCCACAUCCUCCUCCUCCCCCUCUGUUCCGUUUUGUGGCUGCCAAACUUUCUUGGAGCCUCCACCGAAUUCUCGGCAACUUUGUGCCCGAAAAAGACGUUACGGUACCGGUAUUCCUCCCUCUCGUUGCUCACAGACAGGUUAGAUAAGGUGUUAAAAGGAAGAGGAAAAAAAGAAAAAAAGAAGCAAAAGAAAAAGAAAAACAAGCCAUCACCCAACCUUGCAAGGAGUAACGUUCGUUUUCAAUUCCAAAGAGGCUGCGGAGAGAGAGGGAUAGAGAAAGGUCCCGUGUAACAGGGUUCACCGCAACCCCGGGCUCGGUGGAAACUACCUACAUCCCUUUCCUCCCCUUCCCUCCUUCUUUCCGCCCGCCCUCACCACCAACCUACAUCACCACCACCGCCCAACCGACCCAUUGUCUCCCACACACCCUCUCGAUUCACCCUUUCAACAAUGGACGAGAUUGCCAACUCGUCGACCUUUACUCCACCCUCGGCUGUCGGCUCUGCGGAGCAGCCCUUCCAGACCCUGGUUGAAAGCUUCGAGACUAUUGGGAGGACCCUCGAGGGACUCAGCGGGUGGCAGAUUUUCUUCUCGAUCAUCAUCCUGUCGAUAACCUAUGACCAAUGUUUGCCCCCCCCUCCUUUUUUUUUUUUCUUUUUUCAAAAUUCCGCCGCAAUCCCGUUGCGUAUAUCAAUUUUCUGACCCGCGUUCUUCGUUUGUUUGCGUAGGUCGUUACAUUUGGAAUAAGGGGUCCAUUGUCGGGCCUUCUUUGAAGAUCCCAUUCAUGGGUCCUUUUUUGGAGUCUGUUAAUCCAAAGUUUUCGCAGUACCUUGCAAAGUGGAAUAGCGGACCCCUCAGCUGCGUCUCCGUCUUUCACAAGUAUGCCGUCUAUUUGUCUUAUUUGUUCUUUAUUGUUUUCGCGAUAGAUGGCUUGUUCAUGUGCCAAUUGCUAAUCAUUACGUAGAUUUGUUGUCAUCGCUUCGACCAGGGAUUUGGCUCGCAAGGUGUUUAAUUCCCCGGGAUAUGUUAGCCCCUGCGUCGUAGAUGUCGCGAAGAAGAUCCUUCGUCCUGAUAAUUGGGUCUUCUUGGACGGCAGAGCGCACGUGGAGUAUCGUAAAGGCCUCAAUGGAUUGUUCAGUCGUCAGGCCAUAGGCAUGUACCUCCCUGGACAGGAGGAGAUUUACGAUGCCUACUUCAAGAGGUGGUUGGGACUUUCCAAGGAGGGAAAACCCAUCCCUUUCAUGUCCGAGUUCCGCGAUAUCAAUUGCGCCGUUUCCCUGAGAACCUUUGUUGGUCAUUAUAUUAGUGACGAGGCUGUUAAGGAGAUCUCUGAGAAUUACUACAAGAUCACCGCCGCCCUCGAAUUGGUCAACUUCCCCAUCAUUCUCCCUUGGACCAAGACCUGGUACGGAAAGAAGUGCGCCGACUUUGUCCUCAACGAAUUUGCUGCUUGCGCUGCAAAGUCUAGAAUCGCCAUGAAGGAAGGAAAGGAGCCCGGAUGCACUAUGGACUCGUGGAUCAAGUCGAUGAUUGAGGCUAAAGAAUCUGACGCGGCCAAGAUCGCUGCUGCUAAGGGACUUCCUCAGAUUCGUGAGUUUAGUGAUAUGGAAAUUUCCAUGACCAUCUUCACCUUCCUUUUCGCAUCCCAGGAUGCCUCUUCCAGUGCUACCACAUGGCAAUUCCAGAUUAUGGCCGAUAGACCCGAUAUUAUGAAGAAGAUUAGGGAGGAGCAACUACGCGUUAGGGAUGGCGACCCACACAAGAAGCUUGAUCCGGAUCUGGUCGACAAAAUGGUUUAUACUCGCGCUGUCGUCAAAGAGCAACUCAGAUAUCGUCCGCCGGUCAUCAUGGUUCCCUACGAGGUCAAGAAGAGCUUCCAGAUUACUCCCGAGUAUAGGGUUCCCAAGGGCGCUAUGGUCGUUCCCACCCUUUACCCUGCCCUUCACGAUCCCGAGGUUUACAAUGACCCCGACAGCUUCGUUCCCGAACGUUGGCUCGAAGGUGGAGAGGCGGAGGCAGCCAAGAAGAAUUGGCUUGUCUUUGGAGCUGGUCCUCAUGUUUGCCUUGGUCAGAAUGUAGGUUUUCAAGUGCCAAGAUUUUGGACUCGAUUCUGUUGUUAACAUUCGGUAGUAUGCUAUUAUGAAUUUCAUGUCAAUGAUUGGCAAGGCAUCUCUAAUGAUGGACUGGGAACAUCAUGCAACGCCAAAGUCUGAGGACAUUAAAGUUUUCGCAACGAUUUUUCCCGAGGUAUGUUUUCCCAUGCUGCUGCAGGAACAACAUAGGACUAACCUUAUUUUUAGGAUGAUUGUUUCUUGGUGUUCAAGGAGCGUGAUCCAUACGCUCCCGCGUAAUUAUUUAUCUCUUUGCCCCCCCCCCCCAAUUUCUCUGACUUUCACGCCUCCAUUACAAAGUUUUCAAGGCUUUUUUCUUUUUUUGCCCUUGAACUAUAAACCUUUCCCCUCGUCGCUUGCUGGCGGUUGCUGUAUUUGACCUUUCUUCUAAUACCAUCUCUCGACUACCAUUCUUUCACUUUUUUUUCGCACAAUAUUUUGUUCUCUUUCCCGUGGGUGCGUUUUGUCGCGCAGACAAGGUAAAUGCGGGAAUGGCGGGAUUUUUUCUUCUUUCUACAUUCAAGAGCGGUUCUAUCUUUUAAAGCUUUUGUUUUUAUAUCUCUUGGGGGUUUUUUUCUUCUCUUUUUUCUUCCUUUUGCUCUGCCGAGUAUGCUUCGGUAGGGAUAAUUCAUAGACGCUGUAGGGGGAGUAAUGCCAUGCUGGGUGUGUGAGUGGCCGGCCGUUGGGUUUGUGAAAGGGGGGAAGGAAGGGAAGAGGGGGGAAACGGUGUUGUAUCUGGCGUUGUUGCAUGUUUGUAAUAUAUUCUCGUCGCAUGCUAUCGUCGAAUAAACGGACCAUGUGCUGGGUACCGAUAGUCCAAAACUUUCUCUUCUAGAAGAGGGGCGAAAUAAUAUGUUGCGCCGGAGAGCAUGGUUUCCGAGACAAAGGGGAAAAAAAAGUCGCUAGGCCUUAUUGGGAGAUUCAACUCCAACGUCCUAGCACGUGGCUCGAUUGUUCGAGUUUUUGGGGUACUCGAGCAGUUGUGUAGGGGGUUAUAAAUGCGAUGGCUUUUUUUUUUCACUUUCCGAGCUUGUAAUCCGCUGCUCCCGUUCCUCUUUCCCAUCCUAUCUAGUGCCGUAUCGUGGGAGCACCGUCAAGCAAGCCGGACUACCACUCACCCCUCAGGAACCGCCAUUCGAGUGAGAGGUCGUGAGGAAUUGAGAGCACUUUGUCGAAGCGUACGAUUUCCGGAACUUGCAAAGACCCGUCGAGGCGGACGGAUUCGUGAGUCCAUCCGUUAAACUAGGGCGUUUCUCUACCGCUAUUUCUCCUUCCACCCGGAGGUUUGGAAGAUGUGGGAGUUCGCCGAUGGUCGGCACGGAGCGUGGAUUUGUGCGGCC